UGCUACGUUAGUGCUUACUCACUAUACUGCACGUGAGAGCUAUCCCCUUCUAGCCUAUGUGGUUCAACGACUUUUUUUUCCAUUUGACGUUUGGAAAACGAGAACAAAUAUUGCGACAGGAGAUUGAAGUCUACAAAAGCAAUGAUGAACUUCUAGGUAAUUGGGCCCACUUUGUCUUAAUUAUCUAUCUGCAAAUUGUCCGCCAGACUGACUCGCCCUGCACUGUAGUAGGGCACUGUGCAGAUGUGAGUUGGAGUUGAGAGAAGCAGCGGGGUCUUGACGUCAGGACAGGACGCCCCCUUACUGAGGCGGGCUGCAGCGAGUUGAAUCCCCACUCCAUAUGCACAGCACAGGGCGGCCGGAUAACUGUACACUUGUUGCGCCCCUAUAUUGAUUAAGACCGCAUGAGCCGUCACGAGCGAAGGGAGAUCAAACAUUGAGACGCACAUGGCUCGAUGACAUGAUGUUCCUGCCUUUCUCCCCUCUCCCCUCCUUGGCCCUCCCUUUUCUCCUACUUUUCCUCACUUUCCUCCCUCCUUCCCUACUUUCCCCUUCCCUCUCUCACUCCCCUCUGAGCUGGACCUCACCCCAUGACCCCUGCUACCACUUGGAUGGGCGUCCGCGACACUGCCUGUCGGAAUUCAUCAAUGCCGCUCACGGUGUCCCUGUCAGUACCGCCCACUCCCUCCGAGGACCCCCCGACCAGAAAGCUGUUAACGUCAGCUCCCUCACGGACCUCCACAACCCCCACAACUUGACCUGCUGGACGGCCCAGCCCGGAGGCCUCGACGGCGGGGACUGGGUCCUCACCCUUCCCCUGGGCCGACGCUUCGAGGUCACCUACAUCAGCCUGCAGUUUUGCCAGCAGGGGGAGCCGUCAGACCCCGUCUCCUUAUCCGUGCUCAAGUCCAUGGACCACGGGCGCACCUGGAGGCCCAUGCAGCACUACUCCAGCGACUGCCCCGGGAAGUUUGGGCUCCAGGCCCAGACGGUGGCCCAGACCAGGCACCAGGAGACGGAGCCUCUGUGCUCAGACCCCCGGCCCCUGCAGAGGCACCGGGGAGGCAUGUUGCUGGCCUUCUCCACCCUAGAUGGAAGACCCUCCUCUCCUGACUUUGACUACAGCCCCACCCUGCAGGACUGGGUGACGGCCACGGACAUACGGUUAGUGUUCCACGAGGUGACCCAGUCCCAGCAGACCGAGGUGAGGAGUUCGGAGGGGAAAAGGGGUGAGGUCGGUUGGGGGGAGGGAGCGGGUGGGGGUGUUCUGAGGUGGAGGGCAGGGUCAAAGUACGAGGCUGUGGUGGGACAGGUGGAUAAGGUGAAUGGGGACAACAAUAAAUGGGGGUUUGUGGAGAAGGAGAAAAAAAAGACAGAAAAACGAAUGAGGAACGGAGGAGGAUACAACAAAGGGUCGGGGGAUCGGGGAGAGGACAGACACAACGUGACCCGGAAGGAGUCAGAAGGAGACACUAUGGAAAUAGACAUCUCCAAAAGAGGAAACGGAAAAGGAAAAGGGCAUGGCCGCGAGAGGGAGAGGGGCCACCAUUGGAGUCCAUGUCAGGAAGGCAGCAUCUGUGGUUGGACAAUCGACAGCAAGCAGGGGAGAAUCUACAAAGGGCGGGAACUUCGGAGGAGGAGGAACAACCAGCAGAAAGUGAGAGCGAAUCGGAAUCUUGAGCUGGCUCCUCCCUCUCCAUUGAUCUCCACCCCCCCUGUCCGGCCCGCCCUGGCCCUCUCCGACCUGCAGGUGGGUGGCAGGUGUAAGUGUAAUGGACAUGCCUCUCGGUGUCGUCGUGAUGAUGCGGGCCGGGCGGUGUGUGUGUGUGAGCACCACACAGCAGGGACGGACUGCGAUGUUUGUGAGGACUUCUACUACGACAGGCCCUGGCAACGAGCCACGCCCAGUCAGCCACAACCGUGCGUCUCGUGUGAGUGUAACAGCCACUCCUCUAAGUGUCGGUUCAGCAUGGAGGUGUUCCAGCAGUCGGGCCGGCGCAGCGGGGGAGUAUGUCUGAAGUGUCGCCAUCACACAGCGGGGCGCCACUGCCAGUACUGCCAGAACGGAUACACCCGAGACCACAGCAAGCCCCCCACCCAUCGCAAGACCUGCCAACCGUGUCAGUGUCACCCUAUGGGUGCUGUGGGGCUCUGGUGUAACCAGACAUCGGGACAGUGUCUGUGUCGGGAUGGCGUGAUGGGACUGAGAUGCAACCGCUGCGCCCCUGGUUACAAACAGGGGCACUCCCCACUCCGCCCCUGCGUCCGAAUCCAGGAGGUAGCCCCCACAACACCUGUAUACCAGCCCCAGUACAGUAUAGCUGAAGAGUGUUUAUCGUACUGCCUGCCAUCGCAGGUUAAAGUGAGGAUGAACCUGGAGACGUACUGUCUAAAGGACUAUGUCCUGAAGCUGCAGGUCAGAGGGAUGGAGCGUUCGGGCCCUUGGUGGCAGUUUUCUAUCUGGAUUCAGACUGUGUUCCGUACAGGGUCUUCAUCCAGCGUGCGUAGGGGCCCACAGGCCCUGUGGGUUCCCGACCGCGACCUGGGCUGUGGCUGCCCCGCCCUCCAGGUGGGCCGCACCUUCCUGCUGAUUGGGGCCGAGGAGGGGGGCCGGGGCCCAGAGGAGAGACGACUGGUGGCCGAUAGAUCCACACUGGCCCUCCAGUGGAGGGAGCACUGGAACCCCAAACUGAGAGGGUUCAGGGGGCAGGACAAGAGGGGCCGCUGCCCCACAGGUGGGGACCCCCACAUAGGCCACUUGAAGCACCAUCACUCAGAGUAUACACCACCUCACCUAGUGGUUGAGAAAGAGACAGCGGUUGAGGUGCACCCUGAACAUACAAACCCACACACACAUUCACAUCCACACACACCCUCAGAUUCCAUGAAAGACAUGGAAAAGGAGGCAGAGCACUCUGUGGCGCUGAAGACACACACUCACACACAGUCCUCCUCACAUCACAGACCUGAGACCCCACAGGAACAGCAACAGGAACAGACUCCGUCUCCUUCCACCCCCAUUAUCAUAUGUUCCACCCCUGUCUGAAACACAGGAGGAAGAAGAGAGCGAAAGAACAAGGGGUGAAGAGAAGAAUAAAUCUGGCCUAAAAGGGCCGUAAUCUUCACCUGGCACAGCCAGAAGAGGACUGGCUACCUCUCAGAGCCUGGUUCCUGCCUUUCUAGGGAGUUUUUCCUAGCCACUGUGCUUCUACAUCUGCAUUGCUUGCUCUUUGGUGUUUUAGGCUGGGUUUCUGUAUAAGCACUUUGUGACAACUGCUGAUGUAAAAAGAGCUUUAUAAAGUACAUUUAUAAAAUAAAUAAAUCUGUGGAUUUAAUAAAAAGUGUCAAGAAGAUGGGCUGUUCCCCUCUGCAGUUUCUCUGAGAAUAAGAGAGGGAGUGAUCGCUUUCUUUCAGAUUGUAAGCACCAGGUGUCCCUUGUCCAGAAAAGAGAGGGAUGGUCAGUUGUUCCCUCCAUCUUUCUCUCCGUCUGCCAGUGAGGAGACGACGAGAGGGGGAACAGUUUGGAAAUCAGUUCAGAAACCAAACAUGUACACCAUGGUAUGUGGUCCAGGUGCUUGAACUAAAAACGGAAUAUUAGAAAACAGGAAUGCAGUUUUUUUUAAGUCUUAUUGCAAUAUAAAUUAAAAGGUUUUCUAAAAAAUGAUGUUAAUUGUAUUCCUGCUUUUAAUCUUUUUUUAAAUAUAUAUUAUGCUAAAUAGAUCAAGGGUGCUUAAUUCGAUUUUUUGUGAAGGAUCAUAAUCACAAGAAAUGUAUAGUAAACUGACAUAAAUCUAAAUAUAUGUAUUUAUGUCAAUACGGUAUGCACAAAAUGUGUCCAAAAAUAUAUACUCUACCUCACAAUUACUAUAUAGAGUUGAAAUUAAAUGUCAUGUUUUUUUCUUCUUCAUGUAAUACAGUACUGUGCAAAUACUGUAUACAACUGAUUAUCACUUUAUGCUUGUAAUACCACUUAAGUUCAGAGUUCCUUUCAGUGGCACACAAACACUGGGUUGACUAACACACACUUGUUCAUGUUCACUGAGCCACAUAUUCUAUGGGUUGAGCAAUGCAGCCAUAUU